CAAACCUGAUGCUUAUGACGUAAUCACGCUACUACGAGGUGUGUGUGUGGGUGACGAGUGACCGCGUAACGAGGAAAAAACGUGGAGGAACGCCGGUUUCAAAAAUCGUCCCUUUCAGUACUCCAGAAGAUUUCGUUCGAUUUAGAAGGGGGUGCAAAAGGUGUUCCCUUCAAAUGGCUGAAGUCGAUAACAGAACUUUUUAUGUUCAGCCAACAACAGGGGGACGGAUUGAAGUGACUUUGCCUUCACAGUGUUCCGUCAACAAUUUAAAACUUGCUUUAGCAAAAAGACUCAAAGUUCCAAGAGACAAAAUUAUUUUGUUGCAUCGAAACAAACAGUUGACAGAAGGUUCUCUAAAAGAUAAUAACAUUUCAGAGGGAUCGAAGCUUACUCUUCUGCCCAAUGUUGAAACUGGACUCGUCACUCAAAAUCCAGAGCAGUACGUGAUGCAAGCUCUAGAAACGCUCAACGAAUCCCAGGUGGAUAGCUUCCUAAAUGGUCGAUCUCCACUCAAUCUCAGCAUGAGGAUGGGUGAUCACAUGAUGUUCAUUCAGCUCCAGCUUUCAACGGUACAUCCCUCAUCCAGCAAUAACUCCGGAGUGACUCCACCGCCUACACCUCCUACGACACCCACCACCACAACUGCACCACCGCCAUUCCCACUCCCAUCUACCGUCAUCACUUCCACAACAACAGUCACAUCGCCGCCCAUUUCACCACCACCAUCGCCCCACACCAUUACUCCACCGUCGCCUUUUUCACCUACAGGUGGCAGCACCAGUGGCGAAGAGUCUUCAUUCAGUAAUCAUUUUCUGGCUGAGGCUAGCCGUAAUCUCGCGCACACACUCCGGCAUUUGUCCUCCAAAACACUAACGAAGAAAAUGAACGAAACUUGCAACGGUAGAUGUUGUAUUGCAAGGCGGCACGGUGGGGCUGUCAUCGAAAGCAUGUAUCAUCAUGGGAAAGGAGUUUUUUCUGGGACAUUCUCUGGUACUUUGAGCCCUUUACUUCAGGACAGAGAAGGCCGGCCAAGAAGAAACAUCUGCACAAUCGUCCACAUUCUCAACGACCUCCUUGGAGCCUCUUCUCACUGCAAUCCUUCGCCUAAAUGCACCCCUCACAGAACACAAACUCCGCACAAAGAGCUCAAAGAAGAUGUACUUCGAGAGAAAGAAGACAAAGUUUUACGGGAAAAAGUCCAGCACAUCCAAUCAUUGUUGAAAGAAAAGCGGAAAGGGCGUCGACCUACUCCUUAUUCAACCUUCAACCCUGAAAGCAGACGAUCGGGAGGUCUCUUCUUUUCAACUUUGGAACCAUCCGAGGAACAACCGGAACAAUCCAUCGGAACAGACUACAGCUCUGAAACGGCUGCUGCCUGAAUCGAACUCAAAGACUUUCAGCUGGGUUCUUAUUACCUUUUGAGUACCGGGUGCUCAUGUUGUUGAUUAUUCAAGAAAUCGUUCUCUGAGGAGCUCCUGGAGUAUUCUUCAUUCAUUUGAGGAAAUUCGUUAGUUAAAUGCGAGAAUCUCGAUUAUUCUCUUAAGUUGACAUUUCAAUUAAUUAGCUUUCAAGUUGUGAUUGAGGAAAUAAUGCCUUGCCUUUAUUUCUUGUCUGCAAGAUAAAUACUGGCAAAAUUUUUAAACUCUCCAACGCUCAUUCGCGUUUGCACUAUUGCCAUAUUUAUAUGCUGUCAAAAGGGGUCCAUUGUUUUAUGCCAAAUGCACUUAGAACCUUCUUCCACUCUAAAAUGAUUCCAUCUGAGACAUUGUCUGAGAUCCCCACAAUUUAGCAAGUUAAAUCAAUGCUGAUAAGAAGUAUCUUGUUCGAGAAAAAAAGUUCUCUUUGAGCCUUCUAAUUUAUUCACACGCAUUUUUUGAAUCAUGAUCAGUUGAUUUAAAUCUGUCAGGAUGACUUGAUUUGAAUCAUUUUAGUUCAAUUAUUUUCACUCUUAACUACUUUAAUAUGCUAUUUAAACUAAUGUAAGGACUAAAUCAUAAAAAAUAAGUUUUUUUU